UUUUUUUUCUACAUCUCGAUCUAUUCUUACUUUUCUCCAUUCUUUUUUUUUUUCAUUUAUUUAUAUGAAUACUCUCCUUACCAACAUGUCAUUUAAAGAUCGUACGAAUGAAUUUCACUCUGUAGUUGAUAGGAUACGAAACCGAUCACAAGGCUCAUCUACUUUAGAAAGGCGUGCAUUACUUUCUUCACCUUUACAAAAGUCAUCUACUCUUCCUACUCAACAACAUCAUCCUCGUUCAGAAUUCUCUCUCAUGGCAUCAGAAAUCAGUCAAAACAUUACAAGUACAGCAAGUAAAUUGGAAAAACUCACAAAACUGGCUAAACGAAAGACGUUGUUUGAUGAUAAACCGGUGGAAAUUAGUGAAUUGACUUUUAUUAUCAAACAAGAUAUCGCCAAACUCAACAAACAAAUCGCUAUGCUCCAAAACUACACGAAAUCACAAAAACAAUUAAAUAAACAAGCAACUGAACAUACUUCAAAUGUAGUAGUGGCUUUACAAAGCAAGUUGGCGGAUACUUCCAUGAAUUUUAAGGAUGUUUUAGAAAUUCGAACUGAAAAUAUGAAGAUGACUAAGGACAAAAGGGAUCAAUUUCUUUUCUCCACUGCUGAUCAAGUUGCUGGGGAAUCAACACUUUCCAAUUCACCACUUUUCAAAGGACGCCGACGACCAGGAGAAGACAAACGAUCAUCAUCGUCAUCACAUCAGCAUGUACAAAACGAUAUCAAAACAAAUGGUAGUACGAUGAAUUUAUUACCUGUUGAAGAGCAAGAAUCUACACUAUCUCUCGGUAUACCCAUGUUAUCACAACAGCAAUUACAAGAACAACAACAAUUUGCUGUAAUGGAACAGGAUCGAUAUAUUGAAAAUAGAUCAACGGCCAUUGAAAGUAUCGAAAGUACUAUAGCAGAAUUAGGUAGUAUCUUCCAACAAUUAGCAACUAUGGUAGCAGAACAACGAGAAACAGUACAACGAAUUGAUCAAAAUACGGAUGAUAUUGAAAUGAAUGUGGUUGGUGCUCAAAGGGAACUUUUGAAAUAUUACACCAACAUUAGCUCAAAUAGAUGGUUGAUUAUUAAGGUGUUUGUUACCGUUAUUAUUUUCUUCCUCUUCUUCUCCUUUAUUAUGUAGACUUAUUAUUAUUAUUAUUAUUUAUAUUAUUGAUCUUCUUUCAACUUUAUUCUUUUUAUAUACAUAUUCCCCUCUUAUACUCUCC